AUUUAGGCGCAAACACAAACUCUACAGUCAUGAGGAGCCUGGUGGUUCUCACUUGUCUUGUAGCUACUGGUAAGACAGCUUCAAUACCCUCACACAAAGUUCUGGAAAUGACUAUCUCUAGUAUAAUCCAAAAAAGUAGGUUGAUAUCUAUCCUGUAAACAACUCUUUAGAUAAAUAUAAAUAUAAAUAUAAAUAUGAAAGUCUGACCAGUGUGUACCAGUCUGACCUGGUACAAACUCCUCUCUAUAACUACCGUAACCUGUUCCAGCCUGUGGAUGUGGUCUGCCCAGUUUCCCUCCUGUGCUGAACAGGGUGGUGGCAGGCGAGGACGUCAGGCCCCACAGCUGGCCCUGGCAGGUAAGAUCUAGAUUAGGCAACACAACAUGUUUUAAUUUUUAAAUGUUUCUACUCUCAUUUUUUUCACAUCUUAGUGACACUGCGCUUUUGAUAAUGUUUCCUAUACAAUAAAUAUACAGGAGGGAUCAGAGACAAUCCAUUUUUACAUCUUUACCCUCUAAACUUUCUAUGUUUUUCUACGACUGAACCUCUGAUAAUUGACACUUUAUUGUGUGAGGAUAUAGAGGGAUAAGUGAUAAACGGGUUUUAGUGUUUGGAUUGACAUCUUUUGAGGAUAGAAAUGGGGACUUUCUUUCCAGGUGUCACUUCAGUCAGACAGCAGUGGGCGCUGGAGUCACGUCUGUGGAGGAAGCCUUCUUUCUUCUAACUGGGUCCUCACUGCUGCACACUGCAUCAAGUAUGUUUAAACACAAGGGGGAAGAGUGUCUGUUUCAUCUACACUAGAAUGAAGCACAGGGUCUUUGAUAAGCUUGAUAUUGUUGCAGUGUUGUUAGAAAUAUGUGUGGAAAACACCUGGAAUAAGAGGAAAUCAUUUUAAGAUUUGUCUUUUUAGUUAAAAAAAUAUUUAACCAAUACAGUAAGAACAUUUUCAGCUGUUAAGCAAUAAUUAAACUCAAAAUUGAGCAAAUAUGCCAAGUUAAUGUAUGCAUUCACUUAAAAUUGUCAAACCAGAGAUCUGCUCUAGGAAACAGUCCCCUCCCAAACAGGGUAUUACGCACUUAGGUUUCUAUGUGGCUGAUUUGGGAAUGAAACGACGCACUGUCAACUCUGAAAAUGAAGCCUGGCCUGUAUGUAAAACAAAAACACAGUCAUACAGAUUAAUCUAAUUGUUUAAAUAUUUGGCAUCAGUCAAAAACACUGCAUAAAAAAUAGAGAACAAAGUAUUGCCAAUUGGAAACCAGUUAAUUCGGUCACCCACAGCUAUGAAUUACCACCCCAGGACUACCUCACAAACGCAAUCCACCUUCUGCUUAAUCACAGUUUAGUUACACACCAGCAGAGAAGUCAAUACUACUUUCUGGACUCCCCAUGGAAACACCUUGUCAUCUGCUGUCCCACAGUGACCGCUACAACUACAGAGUGGAGCUGGGUAAACACAGCCUGAGCGCAAGUGAGGAAGGUUCGAUGGCUCUGACGGCAGCCAAAAUCAUUACUCAUGAGGAUUACAACAUCCUGCUCAGCCGGUAACAGCAGCAGCAACCCACACAACUCAAUAUCACCUCAUGAGUCUAAGUGAAGAUUAUAAUCAGCACUUCUCUAUGUGUAAGCAGAGUAUCUAUGAUUGUUCAAAGUAAGAUAGAUGAUUCAGCAAAACCUCAAUAGAUCAGAAAACAUGCUUGGUAUGUUCAAACUUCCUAAAUUUGGGUGUUUUGCUUUGCCUUUUGUAGCAACGACAUUGCUCUGAUCAGGCUGUCCUCCCCUGUCACUUUCUCGGAUAUGAUCAUGCCCGCCUGCAUCCCUGAUGAGAACAUAGUCCUGCCCAAUGGAACCCCCUGCUAUGUGACGGGCUGGGGUAGACUCUCCAGUAAGGAAAUACAAAAAAGCACAAUGACUCACUUUCACUAAACUCAACUUACACAGAGAAGUUAGACCAGUGGAAAAAUACAAACUAUGAUUCUGUUUUAGAUUUCAGGCUUGAGUGAAUGGUUGACCUAUUACUCAGCAGGCAUUUAUCUCAUAAGCUACAUGCUUAGGGUGGUAGCUCAGAUGGUUUUCGUGUGCAUUGUAGUAAAGAUUGUAAAAUGAGUGGAAUUAGAAUAUAUGACAAUUUUAGCAUUUCACCCAUCAUUACCUGAUAGAUAUAGAAAAAUAAGCUGAGCAUAUUUAUUGCCCACAGCUGAUGGUCCUUUAGCAGACGUACUGCAGCAGGCUCUCCUGCCAGUGGUUGACCAUGAUACCUGCUCAGAGCCUGACUGGUGGAGUGUCCUGGCAACAGACAAGAUGGUUUGUGCUGGAGGUGACGGCAUCACUGCCGGCUGUAACGUGAGUCCAGACUGGGAGGGUUAUGCAAUGAAAUUUAGCUGUCAGUGAUUGAUAUUUGUAGCACCAGAUAUUUAAUGAAAGGGGAUUUGCUUCAAGUGAUCCUUGGUAACCACAUAGUGUCUGCAAAUGUGCUGCUUGUGCGCUGACCCACAGGGAGACUCUGGCGGUCCCCUGAAUUGUCAGAACCUUGAUGGCUCCUGGGAUGUUCAUGGUGUUGUCAGCUUUGGUUCUGGUCUGGGCUGUAAUGUCUUCCAGAAGCCCACUGUCUUUACAAAAGUCAACUCAUACAUCAACUGGAUGAACACAGUGAGUGAUAUUUUCAUUAAUUACUUCAGCAGCAUGAACAAUGACACCCGGGGCAAACAAAAGCUCAGCUAUCAAAAACAGGAAGUCUAAUACGACUGCGUUUUUUUUUUUUUUUUUCUCUCCCUGCAGGUAAUGACAAGCUACUGAAGAUAUUCAAGCAGAAAUAUGAGCAUCUAUGAUCAAUGACGUGUUCUCUUUUUUUCUGAUAAGAAAGCAGGAAGGAAGUUUAGUGGUCUAAGUGCAAUACCACCAAAUGUAAUCAUAGAACUUUGAUAUUCUGCAUGUUCUGGAAACUUACAAUAAAAACCCUCUUUUACCUUUUUCAUGAAAGGGGUCGGGGCAUAUUAGGGACUGUGAACAGUUGAAGGAUCAGUAAGACACAAAGUGUUCAAGGUAUUCAAAGAAAUGUGCCACAAAAAUAAAUAAAUUAAUUAAUUAAAAAAACAAACAAACAAAAAA